AUGGGGAAGCCAGAGCAGUCCGCCCCGGUGCCUCAUGAUAUCGCCGAGGCCCCCAACGCCAGCCUGACUGCCGAGGCCGCCGUCAAGGCCGUCAAGGCCGGCCGGGCCAAGGAUGUCGAUAUUGCCGCCCAGAUCAUUGCCGAGUGCGGCGAGGACGGGACUAUUAAUUGGACGGCCGAGGAGGAACGGAAACUGAUUCGCAAGGUGGACUGGCACAUUAUUCCCAUUUUGUUUGUCUGCGCCACCCUUUCCGGUCUGGACAAGACGGCCAUCUCGGCCGCGGCAAUCUAUGGCCUCAAGUCGGAUUUGCACCUCUCGGGCCAGGACUACUCCUGGGUCGGCUCUGCACCCUUCUUUGGCGGACUCGCCUUCAUGGGCCCCGCAGCGUACUGUUUGCAAAAGGUCCCGGCCGCCACCUUUUUCUCCCUCAACGUAUUCAUGUGGGGCGUUUGCUCCAUGUGCAUGGCCGCGUGUACGAGUUUUGGAGGACUCUUUGUCUGUCGCUUUCUCUUGGGAGGGUUUGAAGCACUCCUCAUACCAGCUGUUACGCUGCUAGUUUCCAUGUGGUACCGACCUAUCAUUCUCAACGUCAUCGCCCCUAUUCUCAACGGCUUCAUCGCCUGGCUCUGCGGUUACCACAAGGGCUCCUUUGCAGCCUGGAAGAUCAUCUUCUUGGCCAUUGGCGCUUUUAGUUCGCUCUGGGCAGGAGUUACUCUUUUGUUUCUUCCCAACAACCCACUAGACGCACGCUGGCUUUCCAGUCGCGAAAAGUACAUCAUUAUCCAGCGAAAGGCAGCCGACAAUACCGGGCUGGAGACCAAAAAGUUCAAGCCCGAGCAAGUGUGGGAAGCCGUCAUGGACGUCAAGACUUGGCUGAUUUGGUUCGCCAUUGUUGCCCUGCAGGUUCCCAAUGGAGGACUCACCACUUUCAAUACGCUCAUCAUUUCUGGCCUGGGCUUUGACAGUCUCCACACGUCACUGCUCGCCAUGCCGCCGGGUCUCAUGAGCACGGCCUCGGGCAUUGCCCUCUCGUACCUGGCGUCGACGACGCGGCGGUACCGCACCCCGCUCGUGGCCGGCGCCAUUCUGCUCCCCCUGCUCGGCGCCAUCCUCUGCUACACCCUGCCCCGGACCAAUCUGGCGGGCCAGCUCAUUGGCCUCUACAUCCUGUACACGUACUGGGCGCCCUACGUGACGCUGGUCUCGGUCUACCAGGCUAACGUGGCGGGCCACACGAAAAAGGUGACGCUGUUUGCGUGGUACUAUGUCGCCUGGGCUAUUGGCAAUAUUAUCGGCCCGCAGACGUUCCGGGAGGACCAGGCGCCCGCCUACACGGGCGGGACCGUGGCCAUGAUUGUUUGCUACGUUGUGGCCAUUGCGCUCAUCCUCACAUACGGUCUGAUUUGCCAUCGUAAAAAUGUCACUCGGGCCGCGGCGUUUGAGGAGCAGGUGGCGGUUGAGCAUGAUUGGCUAGAUGAGACGGAUAUGCAGAAUGAUGGAUUCAGGUACACUACAUAG